AUGCUCGCAGCGACCUACCUCUUGCGGAACAACGGCUUCCGUCCAGACCCAUUCAUGCUCUUCGGCUUCUGGACCAUGCGUCCUCGAGCUUCGAGCUUCACGCUUUUCUUCUUCGUUAUUGCCCGCGUGUGCUUCGGGCAGAAGGGCAACCAAAAUUCAUAUCUAUGGAGCAUGAAGGAUCACGUCGUGGAAGAUACACUACUCAACGUGUUCUCCUUACCUUUUGCGCUAUGGUAUAUACUCCACCGCCCGGACAGUCUGGCAGCAGGGUUAUGCUCAGACGACUCGUCAUACCUCCGCUUCUGGGAUUCGUUCUACGCCAUCGCUGGCGCAGGUGGCGUUGCUGCUUUCUUACUCGUGGUCAUGCUUGGCCACGCUUGCUCGCGCGACCGCAAGAAGAUCGCUUACGACCCGUUGGCCUUCGCGACUCAUUAUUCCGAGACCAUGGGUGAGCCAUUGUCCAAGUUUUGGAGGUUCGUCUUCCUCGUUGGAGGGAUCAACAUGAUUGCGGUGUUCGCCACAAGUUGGGUUCUUUGGAGCAGUGAGUCACUUCCCUCUCCCUUGCUAUGA